UUCCGUUAGAAUGAUGCGAUUCGUUCCACUGUUGAACAUAAACCUGUUUACUUGUCUGAUCAAAUUUGUGUCAAACAAAGCAAAAUACGAUUUGACGAUGGUGAAUGAGAGAAGCUCCGAAAACUACGAUUAUCCUAUUGCCUAACCCUCCCCGUACUUAAACCAUCCAUGAAAUGUAGCACCUCCAGCGUGGCAAACCGUAGCUUAUUUAGGAAUGCUAAUUCCAUAACUGGACAACCGCCCAAAAGCGUUCGGGGGAGCAGCAGCAGGCGCCAACCACCUUCGGAAGCCAUUGUUUUGUUCGGUUUCAUUGCCAAGUUCACCCCAUUCCCACCCCCCACGCCGAUGGAUUAUAUUUCGAUCCAUAAACGUUCCCCCCCUCCCACCCCUCUUCCCCAGUAGAAAGAUCUAAGAUAAGGUUUCGGAAAACAAACGUACGCGACCCCGAACCGAGAGACGCGAACGAAAAUAGCGAGCAUUAUAAUCGCCACCAACCGAGCGUCCGUCGUGAGCGCAUUACAAAGGUGAAAAGGCUUCUUCUCCACUGUUUUCUAGCGCUCGAGCGCUUAUGGUGGUGGGGGUGCGAAAUAGAAAAAAAUUCCAUUAGAAAACCGAGCACACGUGCAGCGCGCGCGAGAGGGCUUCGGUUGUCCGCACACACGCGUCGUUCGCGCCGUUCGCUGGACCGCUGCUGACCACGAUCAGCCCCAUCAUCAGUCGGCAGUGGUACGGCGUCGCGGAUAGUUUAGCGUUGCAAACUCGCAUCGCAAAAGGCAACAUGCUGCUGAGUAUAUUGAUAGGCGCAACGGUGGCCGUGCUGACGUACAAGCUUGCCCGGCUCAUCAUCGAGGGUGGUCAGUUUCGGAAGGGCACACGGUGCGAUGGAAAGGUGAUCCUCAUAACGGGCGCCAACACGGGCAUCGGGAAGGAAACGGCCCGCGAGCUGCUGAAGCGUGGCGGAAAGGUGUACAUUGCUUGCCGGUCGCUCGAGCGUGGCAACGAGGCGCGGAGCGACAUCAUCGCACAAACUGGGCUGGCCGAUAUUCACGUGCGCGAGCUAGAUCUUGCGUCGCUGGAAUCGGUUCGUAAAUUUGCAAAAGGAUUCCUGGAGGAGGAGAGCCGAUUAGACAUACUUAUUAACAAUGCGGGCGUCAUGGCCUGCCCGAAAGCGCUCACCAAGGACGGAUUCGAGCAGCAGCUGGGCGUGAACCAUUUGGGGCACUUUCUGCUCACGAAUCUACUGCUGGAUCGAUUGAAGGCUUCGUCACCGAGCCGGAUCGUGAAUCUGUCCAGCCUGGCGCACAAGUACGGCAAAAUCAACCGGAAAGACCUGAACAGUGAGCACUCGUACAACCAGGUGACGGCCUACUGCCAGAGCAAGCUGGCCAACGUGAUGUUCACGCGGGAGCUGGCAAAGCGUCUGCAGGGGACGGGUGUCACUGCCUACUCCGUUCAUCCCGGAACGGUCGACACCGAACUGCCCCGCCACAUGGGUUCGCUUUUCUUCCUGUUCGAUCAUAAACUGGUAAAACCCUUGCUACGAGUAGCAUUUAAGACGCCACUUUCCGGUGCCCAGACCACGCUCUACACGGCCCUGGACGAAGAUCUGGCGGAGGAAAGCGGCAAAUACUACGCUGACUGUCGGGAGCAAAAGCUGAGCAAAUACGCACGGAACGACGAGCUGUCCGCGUGGCUUUGGGACGAAAGCGUACGAAUGACGAAAUUAAGCGGCUGAACUAAAGCACCUGGUGAUCGUGAAGCUUUUUUGGCCGGGGGAGAUCAUAUGGACUCACUUUGGGGAAGGCCUUUCUCUCUCUCUCACACACAGCUCUGUAUCUUACUGGAGACGUUAAUUUAAAACGUGAUGACGUGGAGUAAUAAAACGAAGUACUAACUAGUUUA